AUGGAGCAGUGUCUUCACUUAUUGGAACCAGAAACUCUGACUUGGUACAGCUAUGUUGCGGGUUUUGCAUGGUUUGUAGUAUUUGUCGUGUUUAUCGGCCCCACUUCGGAUUUUUAUGAGAACGAAUCUCGCGCGGACUUCAAAUGCAAGACAGAAUCAUUGAAAGAUAAUGCUUGGAUUACUAAACAAUGCUUUGGAAAUUACGAAAAGGACUACAUAAAAAUUAUCCCUAUAUUCGUGUUUGUACUGAUCAACUUCUUCGUUAUCCUCCUUGUGUUUGUGAUUUACUCGUGUUUUACAAAGAGGAGAGUCGAGAGGAUUAAAAACCACGAAACAAAUGAUGCCGAACUCCAGCCACUUCAGCCAACCCAGCCAGAGAAGAAAACCAAAUUAGUUUGGUCCUACAUUGGUCAACUCACCGCAAGAAUUCUAUUGGGAAUAUUAUUUAUGGUGUCACAAACUGGGUAUUUUUACCCUCAUGGCUUCCCGUCGAACUUUGAAUGCAGAUCUAUCAAACGGCAAAGGAAUUCCACUGCUGUCGUUAUCGCCAACAUAACGUAUGAUUGUUAUAAUCAGGCGGCGAGUAAGAAAAAACAUUGGGUUAUGGGGUUAUUGGUGGUAAAUGGAGUUUUUGCUUUCGUUGCCUUCGUAGAAUUUCUGUGGGUGUUAUACACGGUUAAAAGAAGGAGAGCUUGUUUCAAUGAUUUGCAAUUUUAUCAAAAUUUCUUAGGAGGGUCCAAUAAGCAACAACUUAAAUUAUCGAAUAUCAUCAGCAAAAUGAAAACAAACUUCUUGGAACACACAAAGAGACUUGCUGAUCUCAGAACACCAUUUCGUUCUAAUCCUGGGGAAGGCCGUCAGCCACACGACCUGGAAACAGAUAAGAUUUAUGUGAAUGUCACAAUCCAUGAGAACAGAGCAACAAUGGACUUCCCCCAUGAAAGAUCUGAACAAUUGAAAGUGUACCCACCAAAACGUGGUAAGGACACUCGUGAGCUAAAACAGAUAGCAGAUAUAAUCGAUGCUGAACACAAAAAUGUGCUUGUUGUUGGCCGACCUGGCAUUGGGAAGACAAUAAUGUGCACCAGGCUCCUGCGAUUGUGGGCUGAAAGCGAGUCCAGUGAUGAGGUAGCUUUGUCUAUUGCUUUUCGGAAUGUUUCCUCUACUUCUGACAUCAAUAUCAGGGACCUUUUGACUCUUUCUACUACAACACAAGGACUUGAUGAUAAUGAGAUAAGCUACAUUUUAAACUACAUUACUGCAAACCCUAGCAAGCUCAUUUUGUGUUUAGAUGGUGUUGAUGAAUUUUCAUCUAGAUCAAAUAUUUCUCAAAGUGAAUAUUUGGACUUAAGAAGCACAGAUGGGAAAAUGGCCCCACAUAUACUUUUUCGUAAGAUAUGGUCUAGAAAACUCCUAUGCGAAGCAACAGUUAUAACAACAACACGUCCAACUGCUGUUGAAUGUCUGAGGGAACUUCCUGAAGACUGUUUGAAUAGAACUGUUGAUAUUCUUGGAUUCUCAUUUGAACAAGUCAAAGACUAUGUCACCAAAUUUUCCGAGAGCCGACCAAAGAUAUGGGAACACAUACAACAGAAUGCAAAUCUACUUUCCCUCUGCUACAUUCCAGUAAACUGCUUUAUUAUUUGUCAUUGUCUUCUUCAUAGUUGUGAUCAUUUGCUGCCUGUAAAGAUUACAGAGAUUUACAGUAUUUUUGUGAAAAUAUUCUUCCACAAGCGAAAUCACAACAGAAAAGCGUAUGGAUGUUCAAAAUGUGACCUUAGAACUUACAUGUACAAACCCUUUGAAGACCUGAAACCUGAAAAUGAAAAGGUGUUCAAGAGGCUUGGAGAGCUAGCAUUUGAAGGAAUUAGAGAUGGGAAGUUGAUAUUCGAGUCUGUUAAGAUAGAUGAUGCAUUAUUAGAUUGUGGGCUGCUUCACAGUUUACCUGAAAUACCUUCAAAUUCACUGGUGGAGCCCCCUAAACAAUACUUUUGCUUUAUUCACCUGACAGUGCAGGAGUUUCUAGCAGCUAAGCAUGUGACAGACACAAAUUCGGAAGAAGAUUUAAAGAGCUUUGUUGAGAACCAUAUCAAUGACGGUGCAUGGCAAAUAGUCACAAGGUUUGUGGCAGGGCUUUCCAAUACCCAUGAAGUCACAUGCAGACUCCUUCCAGAAAGAGUGACUGAUCAAAAGGAGUGGCCAGUUGCAGAAGACACAACACUUGCUGUGGAUGUGUGCCACUGCUUAUAUGAAUCAGCUAGUGAGAUGGAGGCUAAAGCAUUGGUGCAGGGUAAACUUGAAAGAAUGGACUUAAAUAUAGUUAAGUUUUACAUGUGUCAACUUGGACCCGCUGACAUGUCUGCUGUUGUGAAUGUAUUGAAGCAUGCACCUAACCUCAAUACACUAUUAAUGCCCAAUAAUAAUAUUGGUUUGUUUGGCUGUAAGGAAGUUGUAACAUUGUUGCAGAAUUUUGGCAACAAACUUACUAAAUUGGACCUCACAUUCAACAGAAUAGGAGAUGAAGGAGCAAAGUACAUAGGUGAGGCACUUAGACAUAAGAAUUGUAAACUUACUAAGUUGAACAUCAGCAAUAAUGAUAUAGGAGUUGGAGGAGCAAAGUACAUAGGUGAGGCACUUAGACAUGAGAAUUGUAAACUUACUCAGUUGGACAUCAGCUUUAUUGGUAUGGGAGAUGAAGGAGCAAAGUACAUAGGUGAGGCACUUCAACAUGAGAAUUGUAAACUUACUCAGUUGGACAUCAGCUGUAGUAAUAUAGGAGAUGAAGGAGCAAAGUACAUAGGUGAGGCACUUGGACAUGAGAAUUGUAAACUUACUAAGUUGAAUAUCAGCAAUUAUAAUAUAGGAGAUGAAGGAGCAAAGUACAUAGGUGAGGCACUUGGACAUGAGAAUUGUAAACUUACUAAGCUGGACAUGUAUAAUAACAAUAUAGGAGAUGAAGGAGCAAAGUACAUAGGUGAGGCACUUAGACAUGAGAAUUGUAAACUUACUAAGUUGGACAUGUAUAAUAACAAUAUAGGAGAUGAAGGAGCAAAGUACAUAGGUGAGGCACUUGGACAUGAGAAUUGUAAACUUACUAAGUUGAAUAUCAGCAAUAAUAAUAUAGGAGAUGAAGGAAUAAAGUACAUAGGUGAGGCACUUGGACAUGAGAAUUGUAAACUUACUAGGUUGGACAUGUAUAAAAACAAUAUAGGAGAUGAAGGAGCAAAGUACAUAGGUGAGGCACUUGCACAUGAGAAUUGUAAACUUACUCAGUUGAAUAUCAGCAAAAAUAAUAUAGGAGUUGGAGGAGCAAAGUACAUAGGUGAGGCACUUGCACAUGAGAAUUGUAAACUUACUCAGUUGUUCAUCUUCUUUAAUUAUAUAGGAGAUGAAGGAGCAAAGUACAUAGGUGAGGCACUUGGACAUGAGAAUUGUAAACUUACUCAGUUGUAUAUCAGCAAAAAUAAUAUAGGAGUUGGAGGAGCAAAGUACACAGGUUAGGCACUUGGACAUGAGAAUUGUAAACUUACUCAGUUGCACAUCUUCUUUAAUUAUAUAGGAGAUGAAGGAGCAAAGUACAUAGGUGAGGCACUUGGACAUGAGAAUUGUAAACUUACUAUGCUGGACAUGUAUAAGAACAAUAUAGGAGAUGAAGGAGAAAAGUACAUAGGUUAGGCACUUGGACAUGAGAAUUGUAAACUUACUCAGUUGAACAUGAUUGGUAGCAAUAUAGGGAGUAAAGGAGCAAAGUACACAGAGUUGUAAUAUGCACCACAAUAGACGCACUCAUUGCAACAUUUUCAUGAUUUUGUAUACAUAACAUUGCUUCAUUUGUUACAUAUUUUUACUUUUUAUAUAGUUUUACCGUAUAGAGAUUGGUAUUUUAUUACGUUAUAAUAAAAUUUCAAUUGAGGCGUUA